AUGAUGCGGAUUGCGAUUGCCGGUGCCGGCGGCUUUGCCAAUAUAUUGGCUGGGGCUUUGUCCCAAACUGAGCACCCACUCCUGGUCCUCUCCAGAAACGCGCAUCCUGGCUUCGAAGCGGCCCACGGGUGUCAAGUGUCGGUUGUUGACUACGACAAUGUAGAAAACCUUCGAUACAAUUUGAUGGGCAUCCACCUUGUUAUAUCCACAAUCUCGGGAACUGCACAGCUCAAUCUUAUCGAUGCGGCACGGCGAGCCCGAGUGCGGUGCUUCGUUCCGUCCGAGUUCGAAGGAGCCUUGAGCCGCAGGCCAACUAAUACCCAAGAUCCCCUGGACCGAGAGUCAUCCACAGCCCGGGAUUGGCUUCAACGUUUGUCGUCAUCGAGCGGUCACCCAAUGCGCUUCACCGUCUUUUCGUGCGGCAUCUUUUACGAACGAUUUGCACCUGGGGGCCUUCAGGCUUACCAGAUGGGGGCCAGUCAUCAUAUACAGCUACAGGGCGACUAUAUGAUCGAUGUCGGCAACUGCACCGCUGAGAUACCAGAAACCAACGCUCAAGGACACCCGGUACAGAUCAUCAUGAUCUCGGUGUACGAUGUUGCGAGGUUCGUCACCGCGGCUGUUGAACUUGGCCUCGACAAUUGGCCGCGCGAAUUCAGAAUGCGCGGUGCUCAUCUAUCCACCAGGCGGCUCGCGGAGCUUUGUGAACAGACAAGAGGCGUGCCGUUCGAGAUUAUCUGGCGGCCUUAUGAUUUACUCCUCUCGUGGCAACAGUACUACGAAGACAACCAAAAUUGGGAAAGAUGGCGGCAAAUGGAGCAUCUCAUCCAGACUGCCAACGGUCGCUACAACUACUCCGAGGCAAACCUCAACAACCUGGUAAACUUCGAACCUGUCGGCCUUGGACAGUGGCUGGCCGCCAUCUGGGGACCGAUCAUAUGA